AAGGAGGUGAUGGUGAUGGAGGGAGGAGGAGGAGGAGGAGGAAGAGGAGGGCUGCUGAGUGCUGAUCAGCAGCAGGGCUGACGAUGAUGAUGAUGAUGAUGAUGAUGAUGAUGAUGCUGAUGCUGUGAGUCAGAGAGCGGAGGGUUCAGGAUGCUCACAGCCGCUCCAGAGUAGACAAACCCCGCACUCAGAGAGACUGAGGCUCCGAGGAGACACGCAUUCAGGUCAGCUAUCCAGAGCAGCAGGCGGACUCCAACUCCCAGAAUGCCCGAGCAGAGUAACGACUACCGGGUGGUAGUGUUCGGAGCCGGCGGGGUGGGGAAGAGCUCGUUGGUCCUUCGGUUUGUCAAAGGCACCUUCAGAGACACCUACAUCCCCACUGUAGAGGACACGUACAGACAGGUGAUCAGCUGUGAUAAGAGCGUCUGCACGCUGCAGAUCACAGACACAACAGGAAGUCACCAGUUUCCCGCCAUGCAGCGCCUUUCCAUCUCCAAGGGCCACGCCUUCAUCCUGGUCUACUCCAUCACCAGCCGCCAAUCACUGGAGGAGCUCAAACCCAUAUACCAACAGGUUCUGGCCAUCAAAGGCACCGUGGAGUCCAUUCCCAUCAUGCUCGUGGGCAACAAAAGUGACGAGACGGCCCAGCGUGAGUUGGAGACGAAGGAGGGCGAGGCUCAGGCCGCCGCCUGGAAGUGUGCCUUCAUGGAGACGUCGGCCAAGACGAACUCCAAUGUGAAGGAACUGUUCCAGGAGCUGCUGGCCCUGGAGAAGAAGAGGGACAUGAGCCUGAGCAUCGACGGCAAGCGCUCGGGAAAACAGAAACGAGCCGACAAGCUGAAGGGGAAGUGCAGCAUCAUGUAGGGCGGUGGCGGUGGCGGUGGCGGUGGCGGUGGCGGCGGCGGCGGCAGACUCGCUGUAGAGAUGUGGAAACAGCAGAGGAGGCAGGAGGGGGGAGGGGAAGCCUGCUGAUGAACUCGACUCCCAUUGAGACUCCUCCUCCCAUCUUUCCCCAGCUCUGCAUCGUGGAGGAUAGGUCUUCUUCUUUGGUGGCUCUCCUCUUCCGUCUGUCUGAACACUGAAGCCCAGAGGAACAAAAGUAUGAGACCGACUGAUAAUGGAAACUUUAUUUAUACCAGGGCCUCAGGCUCCUCCUGGCCCUGAACUGGAUUGUGUUUGUGGCCCCAAAAAACAUACACACACAGCUAACUGCUGCCACCGUUAACCAUCACACUAACAUUAUAAUAAAGGAAUACUCCACUGAUUUGAUCGUGAACUUUGGGCCAAGCUUGAAUGUAUAGAAGCAAAAAUCAGAAACUGACAGAAAAAGUACAUAUUUAUGAUUACAGUUAAGCUCCGAUUUGUUUCUGCAGUUCCUACAAUACCCAGGAUUCAUUGCAAAAGCUGAGAUUCAGUAAAGUUCUGCACUGGCCUGACACUGAGACUCAAACCCGGCCAGAAGAUGUUUCUUUAGGACCCAGUUUGACUGGUCCUGCCAAAUUUGACACCCAGACCCAACACAAAAGCUGUAUAUUUGCUUUAUUUCAUCAGUUACGAACUGUUAGCUCGCAAGGCUAAUGCGACGCAUUGGGUACAGAAAGAAAGAAAUUACUUUAUAAAUUUGACAAUACCCAAACCUGAACCCAACCAGAGACCCAAGCUUUACAUAAACUAAAUGGCCCAAACACAACCUGACACUUGACAUUUAUUUGGGAACCGUCAGGUUCAAGUUGGGCAGAGCUUGAGGGGCGAUCAGGUGACAGUUUUGAAACAAUGGUAGAUUUCAGACAGAGGUUGAACAAAAGCAGUUUCUAAUUUCUAGCUGGUGACCAGUGAUUUUGCUGACUGAAAUGACAACUGUCGUCAGCAGGUUGCUGGAGUAUAAAUCUAUUCAAGAGUAGGACAGAGUUGCUAACGUUAGCCUAAAGUCUGACAGCAUCCAGGACCAGCUCCCACACCGUGGAUGUUCCAGUCCCUAACGAGGCUUUUUCUAUUGUAACCUGCAAUCCCACAAAAUACUGGAGGUAGCUAAUGAUAUGCUAACUCUUGGCCUUGGAAGUAACGUUAGGUUACUACUGUAAAUAGUAAUAAGAGUUAAACGUGCUACCGUUAAAUUACAGGAGAUAACCAAUUCCACAUUUUACUCGGGAUUUUGGUUUUGGAAAGACUAAAAUUAUAUUAUCACCUUGCUAACAUGCACACUUCACCCACAGUCGGUCCUCACAUGGUGCUCUGGAUUGGCUGCCUCGUGACUUUUCACCACAAAUUGAUCAAAAAAUGCAACCAUUAAACAGCAAAUGAGACUGAAAAACAGCGAAGUAUUCCUUUAUCUAAUAAGACCAGUGACAUUUCCAUUAUGAUUCUCUUCUCGGUGGUUGUGACAGUAAACGACAGGAUGUUUUCAGCUCUGCGUCGGCUCUGCUUCCUGCUGUCAUUAGAGGAAUGCCUACAUACAAGCUAAGUGUCUUUACCGUCCACGUAAACACACUCAGUGUUUUCGGCUGCUCUGCUGUCGACAGCAGGUGGCCUGACGAGCUGACGGACUGCAGUGGAAACAGCAGACGCUCUCACGUUAAAGCAUCAGGAAACUCCAAAAGGCUUCAAUGAUUUCCCAAAGCACAAGCUGGCCUUUCACUCUGUUUUCAUCUCCGUCAGGCUCACUGGAUACAACAUCUGUUAGCAUAAAAACAAGUAGCUGCUGAUGGACCAGCAGUGGAAGCAUGCAGCUGUAUAUAUGAUUUAAAGGAACAGUCCAAGAUUUUGGGAAUCAUCUCCAGAGUCAGAUGUUUCAGAUGGAUAUCAGUUUCAUCUGUGUGUCCAGUACGGAGAUAGGUCCAGAACGUGUUUAGCCUAGCUUAGCAUAAAGACUGGAAGCAUAUGGAAACUGCUAGCCUAGCUCCAUGAAAAGAGAAAAACAAUCCACCUUACAACAAUUUAUUUUCUGAUUUAAAGAAUUUAACAAGCUAGCCACCAUCCUGUAGGCAGCAGGGUUUGGUUGACAAACCUGACAUCCGCAGAAGAUUAAUAUUUUUGUUUUUAGGGUUUUAUGCAUUUAUGGGUUUUUUGAAUUAAGGAUGUAUCAGUAAAACUUUCCCUGAAUUCUCACUUAAAUUGAACAUGUUUACACCAUGCGCUAAAUCCAUUAAAGGGGAAGUCCACCAAUUGUCUGUGUUUCCAGGUGUUGGGGCGAACUACUGCAGAUGUUUUAAAGUAGAAUAAAGCCUUUAGUGUCUCAGCUGAGUGAAGACUGACAAACGUCCUCUAGUGAUGUCACUUGAGUCGGCGUCGGCUGAAGGCUACGAGUUUGAAGAUGUGGAGUUGGAAAGAAGCGAGCUCAGCAGACCUCUGCAGCCUGCUGCUCGUCUCUGCUGCAGGCUGCGUUAGCCGCUGCUAGCAUAACACACCACAAUCUCACACCCAGCUGUCAGAGGGAGAGCUGCAUUGUGGGUAAUGUAGGAGGCAGGUUUAGACGAGGAAGAAGAAUGUGUGGAGUAAGAAAGACGAUCUCUCUGGUUCUGCUGCAGCGAUUGAGUGACAUGAUGAAUCUUUAGGACUAUAGCUGAGGUCAAAGUACGUUGUUGAGUUUGGAAAGAGUCUCACCAGCGGCCCAUUUAGUAGAUCCAUGGAACUGUUCAUGUUCCAAUUUCCAUUUUUCUGAGACUUUUCUCACGUUGGCUUAGUGUUUCAAUUGAAAGCUUGUGAUCCUGAUGAAGCACUGAACAAAACACAUUGCUGUUAUCUGUUGUAAUAAAAAGAUCCUGAUCAUAUAUUUGUACGGGCUGAACGCUUGUGGUGCAGCCAGAACCUCCAGCAUAAAGCUUCCUCUUUCAUGUAAAUCAGACAGACUCGGAGCCGCUGGAACGGGGAUUUGUUUCCCUUUUGAUGGCUAGUUCAGGGUUUCUGCCAGCAAAUGGCUGCCCUGCGUGGUCUUUGCUGUGCAAUGUAGUGCCGGUGCUGGUUUUCCCUGAAGCUCAGUUAGAUUUCCCUGCUUCCACUCUUGUUGUGCUAAGCUAGCAUAAUGACAUCUUGGACCUAUCUCCUGAUUUCUAAACGUUGAACCGUUCCUUUAGCUAGCAGCGAAGAGGACUGUACGUUGUCUGAGCAGCCGCUGUAUAUUUGAAAUGCCUUUCCUACCACUUGACUUGACAGUUUUGUAUAUUAUCCGAACAUAAGUGAGCUUAAAACUUUACGAAGCACAAACACAACAAACUAAACUCGGAGAGCGACGAGCCGAUAAGCACACGUUCAUCCUGCAAAACUCCCCCCAUCAGUUAUUUACACGAGUCCAUGCUGAUCACAUUUUAUGCACUUUUGAAAAAUUGCUCCACGUGUUUCUUUUCACUGUAAAAAGCUUUCUGACAUGUUUUGUGUCCGUUACAUCUCCCGGCUUCAGCAAUAUUAACUUUGUAUUUCGGGAGCGCUGGGGCUGCAGGAGGGACGAUCACAGAGAACUAAAUAUCUUCAGUGUCAGCAGGUUGCACCAGCUGUUUAUAUGUUCAAGCCUGAACUUGCUCAUGUAGCUUAGUUUUCAUACGUGUGAGACUUAAGCAACCUGCUUUAUUUUAGGGGUCCAUCAUUUUUAGAUUGUCCUCACCUGAGGACAGACGGCUGUGGCUGACAGGAAGAAAUCAUUUGUUGCUAAUUCUGAGCCUCAAGACUCAUGAAUUUAUUUUUAAAAAGUGCUCCAUUUAUUAAGUGGAAACUGCAUUCCUCAUGUGAGCUGAAGUCUCCCGCCACAGUUUAAGUGAAAGCAGCUGAUGAUCAGCCAGCGAGCUCAGGCCAGCUCAGGUGGAAACUGGACUACUGACACUCUGACAGCGAGCCACAGCUACCGGGCUGGUUUAUAUACUGUGGGGCUAAAUGAGUCACAGGUGUGUCUCAGUGAGGCGAUGAGUGGCAGGUGUGCAGGGGGGAGGUCAGGGGGGGGUAACGUGUUGAAUUAAAUUGUAUGUAAAUGUUAUCUCUCCACAUUACAGUCUAAUAAACCGGGUUUGAAAUGGAGAAUCCUACAUCGUUCUUAUUUAUUUUAGUUAUUUCUGCUUUGGCUUUAAAACAAAUCAAAUUUGAGGAUAUUUAAGAAACUGGAUCAGAAGCCGUGUGAGGUGUGUGUGUGAUGGGAGGUUUCUGAAAACGGUUGACGGUUGUUUUGUUCUUCUUUCCUCCUUAAAUAUGUUUGGACGGGCUGGAUGUGGUCGACGCUCUGUUCUCUCUCAUGUGAAGACUGACUGAAUAAAAACAGCGCUGCUGUACAGAAAA